AUCUUGGCAGGUGCCCGGGGGCUAGAGGAGGGCAGCGGAGCCCGGGACUGGGUAGCCUCGGCUGCGGCAGUACCUGGAGCACAGGAGACUCCCGAGGGCGCUGCAGCAGCCACUCCUCUCUCCUCCAGCCGAGGGGUGGCCCUAGAGGGGACCCAGAGGGGUCCCGGGGGGCCGGGGCUAUGAAAUGAGGUUCAAGCAAGGGAGUUUGCUCGCCCUGCUGACAGUGGGAGCCUUCCUCUCCUUUUCCUGGCUCAGCGCUGAAUGGGGGCGUCGGAGAGGAAAUGAUGCCAAAACUUAUAAAAACCAGAUUUUGAAGUUUCAGGAAAAACUGUUAUUUUUACAAGAAGAAAAUAAAAAAAGAUCUCUGGAGUUGUUGAAUGCCUUGAAUCAGAUCAAAUGUACCACUUCAGAAAGAACAGUUCCUGCUGCAGAACUUAAAGGUGAUAUGAAUUUGAAAACCCUUGGAUUUUCCAGCUUAGACUUCAUGAAGCUUAGCAGUUUAUAUUAUCAUCUGCCUCAUCUAAGGGCUCAUGAAAACAAUAUUUAUCCAAAUAUAAUCUUUGGGAAAAAUAGAACAGGAGUCUCUGUGGUGAUGGGUGUUCCCACCAUAAAAAGAGAAAAAGAAAGUUACCUGAUACGAACGCUGACUUCUCUCUUCUUCCAAAUGUCCAGAUUAGAGGAAGAGGACUGUCUUGUGAUUGUCUUUGUAGCUGAGGUUGAUGAAGCUUAUGUUAAUGGUCUUGCAAAAAUGGUCAAAGAGAAAUUCCCCCAAAAAGUGAAUUCUGGAGUCUUAGAGAUGAUUUCUCCGCCUGCCUUUUUUUAUCCAUCUUUUUUAGACAUCAAGUUAAUGUUUGGGGACUCAGAAAAAAGAGUGAGGUGGAGGACCAAACAAAACCUGGAUUACAGCUUCUUGAUGCUGUACGCCCAAGAUAAGGGCAAGUUUUACCUUCAGCUAGAAGAUGAUAUCAUAGCCAAACCAAGGUACUUUACGGCAGUAAGGGAUUUUGCACUUAAGCAAACCUCUGAUUGGCUUGUACUGGAAUUCUCAAAGCUUGGGUUUAUUGGAAAACUGUUUAGAACCAAAGACUUACCUUUGAUAGUGCAAUUUUUAAUAAUGUUCUACAAAGAUAAACCCAUAGACUGGCUUUUGGAUCAUUUAUUCUAUGUGAAAAUAUGUCAUCCAGAAAAAGAUAGCCUUGACUGUGCGAAGCAAAAACAGAAGCUACGCAUUCAACAUCAACCUUCUCUCUUUCAACACAUGGGAAAGUAUUCAUCAUUGCCUGGAAAAAUACAGAAUUUGCAAGAUGCUGAUUUUGAAAAACAUAAAUUAUAUCCAUUACAUUCCAAUCCACCUGCGAGUCUGCAUACUUCUUUAAAAGUCCAUGAGACGUAUUCUUUGGAAAAUGCUUAUCUAAGAAAAGGAUUUUUCUGGGCUAUCUCUCCAAAAGCUGGUGACUAUAUGCUCAUACAGUUCAGUAACCCAUUGAACAUAAAGGAGUAUGUUUUUGCAAGUGGAAAUGUUCAACAUCCCGGAGAUAAGCUUUUCAAUACUAUUGUAGAAAUUUUACCUGAAAAUGAAACAGAUUUUUUGUCAAAUUUGUUAAGAAAUGGAAGUAAAUUUGACUACGAAGCAACCAAUAAUGGGUUUUUUAAAAUAGGUACAUUUGAAAAUGGAGUAGCACAAGGCAUCAUCAAUCCUGCAGUAGGAAAAAUCAAGGCUUUUCGUUUAACUGUGCUAUCAGAUUCACCUGUGUGGGCUAUAGUGGGUGAGAUAUUUAUCAAGCACCAAAUACCUGUGGCCAGCAGCAAAGCUAUGUCUUCAAGGUCCUGAACAGCUGAUGCCUGCCCACUCCCACUGUUACUGCCUCUCCAAGGCAGAUCUUAUGAGGCAAAAGUAAUGCAGACAUUGGUACUGCCAAGAUAGAAGACCAGCAGGCAGAGGAAAGAUGACCUCUCCACUUCUGCCUUAGCCCACCUUGUGCUGUUCUUCAGUUUUAUCUGGUGCAUUAAUACGGAAGCUACUCUAAGCCAUAAAAUCAGUUCUCAGACCCUGCUGCCCCACUGUCGACUGGCCACCUAGCUGUCCUAGGCAGCCUUUCCAGGGAAAUCAUUGGUGUUACACCCUGUUGG